AGAGAGCAGCUUCCACUUGCAGAUGAUGAUAGUGAGAAUGGCAGUGACAACGAAGAUGAGCAGCCUCAAGUGGUAACACUGAAAAAAGGGGACUUGACUGCGGAAGAAGCAAUGAAAAUUAAACAGCAAAUCAAAGAGGCCUUAAAGUCAAAUGAAUCAGACGGUGAACCAGUACCUGCUGAUGGAAAAAUUAUGUUCAGGAAACCAGCUAAACGUUCAUCAGAGAAGCAUUUGGACUUCAAUGACUGUAUCCUGCCUGCUGUUUGUGUGAACAAAGCCGUGAGAGGCAAUAGCACUUACAUCUUGUUACCAAAGAAGGAUCACGAGAGAGAAAACCUUCUCUCCUGGUCUCGCCUCUGGCCACACUCCAGUGCAGCAGUUACUCGCUCAUAA